CCCACACCACAGCAGCGACACAGACUGCUACAGCGGUGAUGAUGCUGGAUCUUUAACCCGCUGCAUCAAGGAGAACUCCCCUUUUACCUUUCUUUUGGAAAGGAAUUUACCCUCCUCUUCCGGACCUGGACCUGAUAAUCUCCGUAUCUUAGCUCCUUCUUAUCUAGUCAUAUUUGGAUUUGGCAGUAGGGCUUUCUAUGCAUUACCUUGAUAUUGGUUUGGUAGCCUGUGUGUGGCUGCAUCCGGGAUUGCACCUUGGCCUCACCCAACUGCUGGUGUGGAUAAGAGUUACUGUAUUCUUGCAUUCACUCAUGGUCUUUAAGAAUGUAAUUUGCCGGGCAUAUUAUUCCCUUUACUAAGAAACUACAGAGAAAUUGGGCAAUGAGAUGUCUAUCUUUUUGGCCCGCAAAAUAUAAUUGAAGCAUUACUGUGUGUCUAGUACCAGAGUCCUUUGAUUGACAAUUACAUGCCUGAGGGAAAAUAGCCACAUAUGAUCUAAGCAUAAACCAGAUUUAUAAAGGAGACAUUUGAAAUGACUGACAUAUCUUUUUGAAGCCAAAGUAGACCACGGAAAAUGACUAUGGCACAAAUCUGUAUAGGUAGCUGGGGAAGAAAUGAAAAGUCAAGAAAUCAUCAUGAAAGGAUGGAAUUAGUUGAAAAAGGCUUUCUCCAGGAAGUGUAAGAUUCUCGAACUUGAUCUAGUAGAUAACUGUCAAUCACUGUAGAUGCUAAGGAAUGGGAAAGUGAUGUUGGUAUGGCAAGAAUGACAGAUGGGGAAGAUGGUUGCAGCUUCAGCAGCUAAGAAGGGAGAGAGAAGGUCUGUGGGUGUGGGGGGGCCGGGGGGGCUGGCUAGGAGUGAGGCACGGGAAUUCCCCCCAUGUUCUCGGGCUGUGAUGAAGAAAAGCUGCAUUCACCGUGAAACAGUGAAACAGACAUGCCGGGCUGUAACUCUAUCACUUGGAUUUUAUCAUUGGAUUUUAUCUUGGAUCUGGACCUAACUCCUCUUUAGCUUUCCUUCUCCUGGAGAAUGGACUCCCAGGUUCCCCUGUUUUAAUUAGGCAUUUCUAAGGAAAACAGCAUAUGAAUGAAGAAAUAGUAAUUCAAUCCCUGGAAGAUUUGCAUCUCAGUAAAAGCAGCUGGCUCUUAGACCUCUAAUGGCCUGUUUGCCACACUGGGGGAAAUUUGAAAAGGCAGUAUCCCUCCUGGCUUGGUGCUGGUGCCUGCUUGUGCAUUUCAGGGUUUCUCCUGCUCCCAGCAUCAGCACCACAACUGCUGAAUCCUCAAUGAGUGAAGAUGCUUCGGAUACUCUUUUUUUCUUCCGUUAUUAUCUCAGCAAUUUUGACGUUUGUAGGACUCAUUGUGAAUCUGUUCAUUGCAGUGGUCAAUUGUAAGACUUGGGUCAAGAGCCACAGAAUCUCCUCUUCUGAUAGAAUCUUGUUCAGCUUGAGCAUCACCAGAUUUUUUAUAUUGGGACUGAAUACGCUUUUAUUCAUCAUUCCAAAUACUGCAAGGUCAGUCUAUUUUUCCACGCUUUUUCUGACCUGUUGGAUGUUUUUGGACUCGAACAGUCUUUGGUUUGUAACCUUGCUGAAUGCCUUGUACUGUGUGAAGAUUGCCAACUGCCAACACUCCAUGUUUCUCCUGCUGAAACGAAAUCUUUCCCCCAAGAUGCCCAGGCUGCUGCUGGUCUGUGUGCUGAUUUCUGCCGUCACCACUCUCCUGUACGUGGUGCUCAGACAGGUAGCACCCCUACCUGAAUCCGUGAGUGGAAGAAAUGGCACAGUAUUCGAUAUCAACGAGGGCAUCUUGUCCUUGCUGACGCCUUUGGUCUUGAGCUCCCUUCUCCAGUUCAUCCUCAAUGUGACUGCUGCUUCCUUGGUCAUCAACUCCUUGAGGAGGCACGUACAGAGGAUGCACAGAAAUGCCACUGUGCUUUGGAACCCCCAGACUGAAGCUCACCUGGGUGCUAUGAAGCUGAUGAUCUAUUUCCUCAUACUCUACAUUCCGUACUCAGUUGUUACCCUGCUCCAUUAUCUCCCUUCUUCUGUGGCAGUGGAUUUGGGAGCCAAGUCCAUUUAUAUUAUUAUUUCCACCUUUUACCCUCCAGGACAUUCUGUUCUCAUUCUUCUCACACAUCCUAAACUGAAAACAAAAGCAAAGAAGAUUCUUUGUUGCAAUAAAUAGUGGGUUUUCAGUAAGAAAAUGGUGGCUGGGGUCACCUCAGGGGAGGCAAGAUUUCCUUUGCUGCCAGUUUUCCCAAUGGUCUGAGGAAUUCAUUCUUGUAAUUGUCUGACUUUCCAGGCCUUCGGUUGUCUGUAUGUUAUGUAUAUGUAUUUGGCUAAUAUUUUAAAAUUAGGCGCUUUCUCUAAGGAACUUCUUUGAGGCCUUGCUUAGCAUGUGUUUUACAUGGGCAUUGCGUUCCUGGGUCGUGGAGAUCACCACCUUGGUCCACUGGCUUCUGAAGAGUGGUGGGAAGUUCGCCCAAGUUAAGCAGGAUGUAAGAGUUCAUGUCAUUAGUUAAACUUUUGAAGUUUAGCUGAGGGGCCCUGAGAAAGGGCUCAGCCAUGACUGAAUGGUCAUUGGGAGCCCCUAGACUGGCUUUUAAAGCACAGCAAGAGGGUGCCAAGAGAAACGGAGGAAAGAAAAGUUUCAGAGAGAGAAGAGAGGAAAGAGAAAUACCAAAGGAAGUACAUGUCACUGUUGCGGAUGCAUAGAAACAGGGUCUUCGACUUGCUGACUGGCACGAAUUGAGAGGUUACUGACAAGAAGGAUUAGGACUGAAUUUCUAGGCUUGUUGUGGAAAGAAAGGAAGGGCAGGGUUGAUGGAAAGUGAAUAGGAUUAAAGAAGCCCAAUCAAGGAUGCUUUCAAGGAUCUUCAAAUCCAGGGAGCUAAUCUAAGGUCAAAAGCAAGGGCCAAAUAGUGAAGUCAACACACUCUGAGUGCCACUUUACAAAAGAUUGUACCCCCUCCUGUGGUAUGGAAUGCAGUGGAAAGCUAAGAGGAGUCACUGGACUGGUGAUGGGCGUGCAUGACUUCUGGUGAAUUUAUGGCAUUUCUGUGUGAAUUUAUGUACCGAGUUUUACGAACACUGCACAGUUCUCCAGGAAAAUGCUAGGUUGGUUGGUUUGUUUGGAAUAGCAGGGCUUUGAUUACAGAGGAUUAGAAAUCUGAAGAUGGAGUAUUGAUAUUUUGAAAUGGGAAUUGGGAAAUAAUAAUUUAUAUAGUUUUGGGGGGAGGUUAAGAAUAUGUAGUAUUGGAGUUCCUGU